GGGUAUCAGUGAUAAUGUUUAUAAACGCGUAUAUCUCUCAGACAGACAGACGGAGGCUGUGGAGCCCACAUCAGGGCCUGACCCGCUCAGCGCGUCUGCGCAUGCGCACCGGAGCAGUGCUAAUGGCGGAGAGCGUGCGGUCGCCGUUCGAUUACCGGGAGCCUCCGACCCUCGACAGCGACGGGGAUGGAGGGAAGCCGCCGCCGCCGCGCGGGCGAGUGUGUGGCAGGAAGAGGAAGGGCACGCCGGUGAAGGUGUGUGAGAGGGCGGUGUAUGUGACGGAGGACGAGGAGGAGAGUCUGUCUGAACACAGUUACAGCCCAGGAGAUGAUCAGUACGCGGAGGGAUCUGAAGACAGACUUCCUCCUCCGGACAGCCCUUACUUCCUCACAGACCCUCAGCUCUGUGUGCCCGAGCUGGCUGAAGAGGGCGCUAGUGGCGUCCGCGGCCCCGUGCUGUUCCACCCCCCGCCCAACUGCAGGAUCAGAGAGGUGCAUUGUGGGAGUCAGGUCCGGCUCGUCGUCAUAGCCAUUCGAGACAUUGCCAAAGGAGAGGAGAUCACCGUGGACUACAGCCUGACCGACUGGGGAGAGAAUACCAUGGGCUUUCACACUGCAGUGUCCCCGCGCGGGUUUGACUGUGGAUUCAACCCAGAGAGCACCAUCAAGAAGGAGGAGGAGCCGGGUUCACUCCCUCUGUCUCUCACUGUUUCUGACUACCUCACGCCGUCCUGGUCUCUGUCUCCCUCCUCCUCUCCGCUGUCUCACUCCGAGGCCAGCGACUCCGACCGAGAGGACGAGGAGGAGGAGGAAGACGACGACGAUGAUGACGACGACGACGAAGAGGACCUGGAGGACCUGCGUGGACGCAUGAUGAGACGCCGCAAGAAACGCAAAACCUCUGCGACCGUCAAGAAGAAGGCCCAGCCCCGCCCCCUGUCCUUCGCAUGCCCCGCCCCUUCCUCACCAGCGCCCUUCCAGCAGCCUCUAGCCCCGCCCACGACAAACAUCAACAAUAAUAUCAACAUAAACAUCGGUGCGAGUGGCACGCUCUCCCGCAGACAGCACUGUCCCUACUGCGGGCGUCACUUCCGCUCCCUCGCUAGACACCUGGAGAAACACCACGAGCAGCAGCCCGAGGUCCGAGCUGCCAUGGAGCUGUCGCACCCCCCCACCUCCUCGCACCCCUUCACCUCUCCCGCUCAGCCCUCGUCCUCCCUGGGAACAACCUCCCUGUUCUCCCGCGAGCGAGACUCUUCGUCUUCAGCCCCGAAAGCCGGAGGUGUCUCCUUCUCGCUCUCGCUGUCUCCGCCUCCUGCCUCCAGUACCUCAAAAAAGAGCUCAACAUCAUCGCCUAAAAAGCCAGCCGCUAACAAGAGCCCUACCGUCUCACCCAACCCUCCCGCCAGGAGAGGACGGCCACCGAAGAAAGAGAAAGAACAGCCGCAGAAGAAGCAGGAGGAGGCGCCUCCAACGCCCGGGAAACAGGAGGAGGAGGAGGUCGACAUGAGAGAAGACGUAAGCACAGAGGACAAGGACGGUGAAAUGACGAGCGGUCACAUGCCUCCUCUGCUGUCGUCUCUCUCUACACUGGUGCUGUAUCUCCGGCGGCAGCAGCACGCCUCGUUCCUGUCCCUGUCCCACGCUCCUCCGUCGGCCGAGGCCUGGCGUCUGCUCUGUCACUCCAGCCUGGCUCUGCUGAUCCUCUUCAACCGUCACCGUGAGUGUGAAGUGGCCAAGCUCUCGGUGCAGGACUACCGUGGCCGCGCUUCUCCCUCCUCUCCCUCGCUGGAGGCCGCUCUGUCCCCGUUCGAGCGCGCCGUGCUCUGUCUGCUGCCGCGGGUGGGAGUCCUGGGCAAACGAGGCCGCGUCCAGACGCUCAUCCUUCCUCCGCACUCGGAGGCCUGUCUGGAUCUGCUCCUGAAGACGUCUGCAGACGUGGGUGUGGAUCCCCAGAGCCCGUAUGUGUUCUCUCGGCCGUAUCACUCCCCGGCCACACCUCUGCGCGGGACAGACCUGCUGCGUAGCCUAGCGCGCUCUAGCGGUGCGAAGAACCCCGCGGCGCUCACCGCCCCCCGAACACGCCGACAGGUGGCCAUCCUGACCCAGCUGCUGCUGCUGGAGGAGGGCGAGCGCACGCCGGGCACAGCCACCAGACGCCUGGAGGACUUCCUGCAGAGCGAGUAUCACGUGACCCAGAGCUGCGCUCGGAUUGGUCAGGACCCGGCGCUGAUGAACCGCGUGGGGAGAGUGGUUCUGUACGGAGAGAGAGAGGGAGUGCUGUUCAGAGGAAUGAGCCUGCAGCACAUCUGCCUCGAGCUGGACGUGAUGUCGGGGAACUCUGCCGACUCGUUCUCGGAGGACUCUGAUGGAGAGGCCAGUAAGAGUAAAGACUCUGUGAAGAAGAAGAAGCAAGGGUCAAGUACUCGAGCGCCGCGGCUGAAGAAGAGCAGUCCUCAUCCGUCCAGCAGCUCACCGUCAGCAGCACUCAAGAGACGCAGCGCUCCGCUCAAGACCGGGAAGCGCGGUGUGCUGAAGCGGCCGUGGUCGGAGGCUGAGCGAGUCGCAGUGGAGACGCACCUGAAGAGGAACAUCAUGGAGCUGCGUGUUCCUGCUAAAGCAGACUGUGAGCGCUGCCUGCAGCUCUGUCCUCUGCUGGUCAGUAACCAGCGCGACUGGAGGGCCAUCAAGUUCUACUGCCACAACCGCAUCCAGCUGCUGAGGAAACAGGGACGACGAGACGGGAACACGGCCGCUAACGUCUGCUAACCUCAUCAUUCACUCUCCUCACGCAGACCGCUUCUGUCGAAAACACAACCAAGAUUCACCGGAGCCAUCUUUAAUAUCUCAGCCAAGUGCCAAAACGCCACACACAAGUAUCUUAACAGCAGCCUGUGUGCUCUCUUUCCCACUAAAAUAUCCACUUCUGUUUGAACUGCUGCACAUUUAACAUCAUCAGAGAAUAAAGUGUCACAUGACUGCUGUGAUCUUGAUGAACUCGUGUGGAAAAGAGUUGUGUUGAGAUUACUUCAGCUCGGUGAGUCUCUGGUUGUGUUGGAUAUUUCCUGAACUCUUCUUCUAAGCUCACACACUCACUGCAUGCUCACACACACACACACACACACACAUCGCCAUGUGUGUGUGUGACUCCAGGACCGUUUCUGUUUCACGUGUGCAGACUCCUCAGAAACACAGCAGUGAUGAACCGAUCAUAACUCUCUCUAUAAGGACUGUUUUUACACACUGAUGGGUGCGGACUGGCUCUCUCGCUCUCAGUUGUUAAACAGUGUUGGAUCAUCUGGGACCAGUUUUUCUCAGUCUCACCUCAUGCGUCUUGAGUCUGAUUCUCUAUCAGGAUCAAUCUCACCAACAACACGCCCAGAUCAUACUUCACAGUCAGAUCAACAGUGAUUUGUGUUUUCUGUUUAUCAGUAUCAAUACUGAUUCUCAUUACUGUAAUGCAUUGAUAUAAAUACAUCAUUCUUAUUUUUUAAUAUUC